CCUGCAUAGACAGGUAGCGUCAGCAGAGAUAUACUUUACACCAAGGUAGAUUAAGAAGACUGAAAGGUUUGAAAAUAAUGCCAAAGGAAUAGACUAUUUUCUUAGCAUUUUUUAUCACAAUCUUUCUGGGAUCAAAAAAAGACACAAUGGGUGUUGGACCAAUCCUAUUAGUUUUGAUUCUGAUAUUUGGAGGCUCAACAACAGCUGGUGCAUCAUCAAGCACAGCGGCCGCUACAACAGCUGAAAUAUCAACAUCUGGUGGAUCAACAAUAACUGCUGUGUCAACAACAAGCAGUGUUCCAGAGACAACAACAGAAGGAUCAUCAACAACUGGAGGUUCAACUACAAUUGGACAAUCAACAACAGCUGAAACAUCAACAUCUGGUGGAUCAUCAACAACUGAUGGAUCAAUGACAACAGGAGGUUUAUCGACAACCGAUGUAUCUACAACUGGAACAUCAACAACAGCAGGUGCUUUAUCCAGCACAGCAGCCACAACAUCUGGUGGAUCAACAACUGGAGGCUCAACAACAACUGGUGCAUCAUCAACAUCUGGUGGAUCAACAACAACUGAUGGAUCAAUGACAACAGGAGGUUUAUCGACAACCGAUGUAUCAACAACUGGAGGUUCAACUGCAACUGGAACAUCAACAGGUGCUUUAUCCAGCACAGCAGCCACAACAUCUGGUGGAUCAACAACAACUGCUGUGUCAACAACUGAAGGUUCAACUACAACUGGACAAUCAACAACAACAGUUGAAGGCUCAACAACAGCUGAAACAUCAACAUCUGGUGGAUCAACAAUAACUGCUGUGUCAACAACAAGCAGUGUUCCAGAGACAACAACAGAAGGAUCAUCAACAACUGGAGGUCCAUCGACAAUCGGUGUAUCAACAUCUGGAGGUUCAACUACAACUGGUAUAUCAACAACAGCAGUUGAAGGCUCAACAACAGCUGAAACAUCAACAUCUGGUGGAUCAACAACAACUGCUGUGUCAACAACAAGCAGUGUUCCAGAGACAACAACAGAAGGAUCAUCAACAACUGGAGGUUCAACUACAACUGGACAAUCAACAACACCUGAAACAUCAACAUCUGGUGGAUCAACAAUAACUGCUGUGUCAACAACAAGCAGUGUUCCAGAGACAACAACAGAAGGAUCAUCAACAACUGGAGGUCCAUCGACAAUCGAUGUAUCAACAUCUGGAGGUUCAACUACAACUGGACAAUCAACAACAGCAGUUGAAGGCUCAACAACAGCUGAAACAUCAACAUCUGGUGGAUCAACAAUAACUGCUGUGUCAACAACAAGCAGUGUUCCAGAGACAACAACAGAAGGAUCAUCAACAACUGGAGGUCCAUCGACAAUCGGUGUAUCAACAUCUGGAGGUUCAACUACAACUGGUAUAUCAACAACAGCAGUUGAAGGCUCAACAACAGCUGAAACAUCAACAUCUGGUGGAUCAACAAUAACUGCUGUGUCAACAACAAGCAGUGUUCCAGAGACAACAACAGAAGGAUCAUCAACAACUGGAGGUCCAUCGACAAUCGAUGUAUCAACAUCUGGAGGUUCAACUACAACUGGACAAUCAACAACAGCUGAAACAUCAACAUCUGGUGGAUCAACAACAUCUGGUGGAUCAAUGACAACUGCUGUGUCAACAACAAGCAGUGUUCCAGAGACAACAACAGAAGGAUCAUCAACAACUGGAGGUCCAUCGACAAUCGGUGUAUCAACAUCUGGAGGUUCAACUACAACUGGACAAUCAACAACAGCAGUUGAAGGCUCAACAACAGCUGAAACAUCAACAUCUGGUGGAUCAACAAUAACUGCUGUGUCAACAACAAGCAGUGUUCCAGAGACAACAACAGAAGUAGCAUCAACAACUGGAGGUCCAUCGACAAUCGGUGUAUCAACAUCUGGAGGUUCAACUACAACUGGACAAUCAACAACAGCUGAAACAUCAACAUCUGGUGGAUCAAUGACAACUGCUGUGUCAACAACAAGCAGUGUUCCAGAGACAACAACAGAAGGAUCAUCAACAACUGGAGGUCCAUCGACAAUCGGUGUAUCAACAUCUGGAGGUUCAACUACAACUGGUAUAUCAACAACAGCAGUUGAAGGCUCAACAACAGUUGAAACAUCAACAUCUGGUGGAUCAAUGACAACAGGAGGUUUAUCGACAACCGAUGUAUCAACAACUGGAGGUUCAACUGCAACUGGAACAUCAACAGGUGCUUUAUCCAGCACAGCAGCCACAACAUCUGGUGGAUCAACAACAACUGCUGUGUCAACAACUGAAGGUUCAACUACAACUGGACAAUCAACAACAACAGUUGAAGGCUCAACAACAGUUGAAACAUCAACAUCUGGUGGAUCAACAACAACUGCUGUGUCAACAACAAGCAGUGUUCCAGAGACAACAACAGAAGGAUCAUCAACAACUGGAGGUCCAUCGACAAUCGAUGUAUCAACAUCUGGAGGUUCAACUACAACUGGUAUAUCAACAACAGCAGUUGAAGGCUCAACAACACCUGAAACAUCAACAUCUGGUGGAUCAACAACAACUGCUGUGUCAACAACAAGCAGUGUUCCAGAGACAACAACAGAAGGAUCAUCAACAACUGGAGGUUCAACUACAACUGGACAAUCAACAACACCUGAAACAUCAACAUCUGGUGGAUCAACAAUAACUGCUGUGUCAACAACAAGCAGUGUUCCAGAGACAACAACAGAAGGAUCAUCAACAACUGGAGGUCCAUCGACAAUCGAUGUAUCAACAUCUGGAGGUUCAACUACAACUGGACAAUCAACAACAGCAGUUGAAGGCUCAACAACAGCUGAAACAUCAACAUCUGGUGGAUCAACAAUAACUGCUGUGUCAACAACAAGCAGUGUUCCAGAGACAACAACAGAAGGAUCAUCAACAACUGGAGGUCCAUCGACAAUCGGUGUAUCAACAUCUGGAGGUUCAACUACAACUGGUAUAUCAACAACAGCAGUUGAAGGCUCAACAACACCUGAAACAUCAACAUCUGGUGGAUCAACAACAACUGCUGUGUCAACAACAAGCAGUGUUCCAGAGACAACAACAGAAGGAUCAUCAACAACUGGAGGUUCAACUACAACUGGACAAUCAACAACAGCUGAAACAUCAACAUCUGGUGGAUCAACAAUAACUGCUGUGUCAACAACAAGCAGUGUUCCAGAGACAACAACAGAAGGAUCAUCAACAACUGGAGGUCCAUCGACAAUCGGUGUAUCAACAUCUGGAGGUUCAACUACAACUGGACAAUCAACAACAGCAGUUGAAGGCUCAACAACAGCUGAAACAUCAACAUCUGGUGGAUCAACAAUAACUGCUGUGUCAACAACAAGCAGUGUUCCAGAGACAACAACAGAAGGAUCAUCAACAACUGGAGGUCCAUCGACAAUCGAUGUAUCAACAUCUGGAGGUUCAACUACAACUGGACAAUCAACAACAGCUGAAACAUCAACAUCUGGUGGAUCAACAACAACUGAUGGAUCAAUGACAACAGGAGGUUUAUCGACAACCGAUGUAUCAACAACUGGAGGUUCAACUGCAACUGGAACAUCAACAGGUGCUUUAUCCAGCACAGCAGCCACAACAUCUGGUGGAUCAACAACAACUGCUGUGUCAACAACUGAAGGUUCAACUACAACUGGACAAUCAACAACAACAGUUGAAGGCUCAACAACAGUUGAAACAUCAACAUCUGGUGGAUCAACAAUAACUGCUGUGUCAACAACAAGCAGUGUUCCAGAGACAACAACAGAAGGAUCAUCAACAACUGGAGGUCCAUCGACAAUCGAUGUAUCAACAUCUGGAGGUUCAACUACAACUGGACAAUCAACAACAGCUGAAACAUCAACAUCUGGUGGAUCAAUGACAACUGGAGGUCCAUCGACAAUCGAUGUAUCAACAUCUGGAGGUUCAACUACAACUGGACAAUCAACAACAGCUGAAACAUCAACAUCUGGAGGUUCAACUACAACUGGUAUAUCAACAACAGCAGUUGAAGGCUCAACAACACCUGAAACAUCAACAUCUGGUGGAUCAAUGACAACUGCUGUGUCAACAACAAGCAGUGUUCCAGAGACAACAACAGAAGGAUCAUCAACAACUGGAGGUCCAUCGACAAUCGGUGUAUCAACAUCUGGAGGUUCAACUACAACUGGUAUAUCAACAACAGCAGUUGAAGGCUCAACAACACCUGAAACAUCAACAUCUGGUGGAUCAACAACAACUGCUGUGUCAACAACAAGCAGUGUUCCAGAGACAACAACAGAAGUAGCAUCAACAACUGGAGGUCCAUCGACAAUCGGUGUAUCAACAUCUGGAGGUUCAACUACAACUAGUAUAUCAACAACAGCAGUUGAAGGCUCAACAACAGUUGAAACAUCAACAUCUGGUGGAUCAACAACUGGAACAUCAACAACAGCAGGUGCAUCAUCAAGCACAGCAGCAACAACAGCUGAAUCAUCAACAUCUGGUGGAUCAACAACAACUGAUGGAUCAAUGACAACAGGAGGUUUAUCGACAACCGGUGUAUCAACAACUGGAGGUUCAACUGCAACUGGAACAUCAACAGGUGCUUUAUCCAGCACAGCAGCCACAACAUCUGGUGGAUCAACAACAACUGCUGUGUCAACAACAAGCAGUGUUCCAGUGACAACAACAGAACGAUCAACAAUACUUAGAGAAACAUUAACAACUGGAGCUUCAACUGUAAUACUUGCAACAUCAGCAGUCACUACAACUAUGUCUACUACUGUCACUACUACUGCACCUCCUUCACCAGUUAAGAUUCUUUCAGCAACCUUGGUAGUACCAUUUGUAGCUGAACUCAAUGAUAGAGAAAGUCCACAAUUUAAGAAUCUUGAGGCUGAAGUUCUUCAAGUGUUUGAUUUUAUCUUCAGGAGAGGAUUUGGCGUACUUUACAUUCGUAGUUUUGUCCUAUUUUUUAGACCAGCAGUGGUAAGAACGCGAAUGAGUAAUACUGAAGCAGAGAUAGGUGUUGAGUUCGCCAGAAACUCAUCUGCAGAUCAAAUCCCAACAUCUGACACUGUUGCAAGUACCUUGGUAGAAGCUGUGUCAAACUCGAGCAAUAACUUCAGCCUCAAUGUUGAUUCCACCUCCAUCAUGAUAGUUGAUCAAAACACUACAACAAUCACAACUUCUGUCACCCCCACUUCAAAUACUACAUCUGCCAAUACAACUACUGUGGCGGUAGUCAUACUAAGGCGAUUGACUUUCAGAUCUCCUGGAGAGACAUUUACAAGUAACUUGUUGAAUCAAUCAUCUGCAGCAUUUAUAAAUCGAGCCUCACUGAUAAAGUCUUCGCUUGAACCUAUUUACCGAGAUGCAUUUCCAUCAUUCAUCUCCUUGACAGUGAUUUCGUUCAGUAAUGGAUCAGUCAUCAACAACAUUGAUGUUCAAUUUGCAUCAGCAUCUGUUCCUAACAACACUCAGAUUAGAAAUACUUUGAUCAGUGCUGCUUCAAACAUCACAGCCUUCAACAUUGACACCAAUUCCAUAACUUUGGAUGGUGAAUCAACAACAACUAGUGCAUCAUCAAGCACAGCGGCCGCUACAACUACAACUACAGUGAAUCCUUCAACAACCACAACUGCUACGGCAGUCAGAAUAAGGCGAUUGACUUUCAGAUCUCUUGGAGAGACAUUUACAAGUGACUUGUUGAUUCCAUCAUCUGCAGCAUUUAUAAAUCGAGCCUCACUGAUAAAGUCUUCGCUUGAACCUAUUUACCGAGAUGCAUUUCCAUCAUUCAUCUCCUUGACAGUGAUUUCGUUCAGUAAUGGAUCAGUCAUCAACAACAUUGAUGUUCAAUUUGCAUCAGCAUCUGUUCCUAACAACACUCAGAUUAGAAAUACUUUGAUCAGUGCUGCUUCAAACAUCACAGCCUUCAACAUUGACACCAAUUCCAUAACUUUGGAUGGUGAAUCAACAACAACUAGUGCAUCAUCAAGCACAGCGGCCGCUACAACUACAACUACAGUGAAUCCUUCAACAACCACAACUGCUACGGCAGUCAGAAUAAGGCGAUUGACUUUCAGAUCUCUUGGAGAGACAUUUACAAGUGACUUGUUGAUUCCAUCAUCUGCAGCAUUUAGAAAUCGAUCCUCACUGAUAAAGUCUUCACUUGAACCUUUCUACCGAGCUUUCUUUCCAUCACCAUUCAUCUCCUUGACAGUGGUUUCGUUCAGUGAAGGAUCAGUCAUCAACAACAUUGAUAUUGGAUUUGCAACAGCAUCUCUUCCUAACAACACUCAGAUUACCAACAUUUUGAAUAUUGCUGCUUCAUUCAUCACAGCCUUCAACAUUGACACCAAUUCCAUAACUUUGGAUGGCGCAAACGUUUCAAGUGGCGUAAGCCACAACAUCAGUCUCAUCACAGCAUCCUCCCUUGUGCUGCUGUCAUGGCUACUAUCUAGCCAGCAAUAGUGUUAGAAGUCCAUGUGAAACCCCAAUUGAUCACUGUGUUGCAUGAAAACUACAAGAAGACCUCUUAAGUUUGCAACUGUAAUAUGGCUUGGAAAUGACUUUCAGAUAACUUGUCCACUGUUUAACCCUGAUAAAUUUGAUGAUCAUUUUGUCAAAAAUAUUGUACUGAUUUACAUUACAGUCGGUCUUACUCCAUGCAAGGGCAACUCUGUUGGGAAAGUUCAAACAGAAGAAUGUCUACAUUUUCAUUACAUACAUUUAGUGAUAACUGCAUUUUUCUACCAAUUCUGGCACGGUCAGAAUUACAUUUAUGACAUCAAAACAAUGGUUCCUUCAUUUAUUUAUUUAGUUUAACAUGAUCAUUAAUAUGUCGGUCUCUGUGAUUGGACCUCUGUGUAUGUAUUGUCAGUUAAAUAUACUUGUUCUUAAUGAUAAUUAGAUGUGAGAAAUUAUCUAUUCUGUAUUGAACUUUUUUUUAAUCAUCCAUCUAAAGCAGAUACAAGAAAGUGUAUUCAAUUCAUUGAAGUUUGUUCCAAUAAAGGCAGUGAAUAUAUUG